AUGAAGACCCUCGAUGUCGUCUGUUCUGAUACUUCCUCGGGAUGUUACUCGGACAACACGGACUGUGGUUCCUGCACAGAAAGUAUGACCGACAUCUGUCCGGCAUGUAUGUCGAAGGCAGCGAAUAGGAGAAUCAGAUUGAAGUACUACGAGCCGAUAAGGCUGUGGACAUGUCACAAGAACUGCACCGAGCCUGGCAUUCAGUUGGUGGACCCGCGGGGACCCUGCUGCUCACGUAUUUGCCGGGGGAGAAUGAGUUCGUGCAGCUCUAGAAGCUGGCGGCCACACGCCCAAAUGUAUGGCAUUCAGUUGACCUCACCGGAACCCUUUGUGGUGGAGUACCCACGCAACUCACCGAUUCAUGCAGUAAUGCCAAGAAGUGUGUCACCCAAAUCACCGAUCUAUCGCCGAAGCCCACCAAUAAUUCGUCGAUCACCCUCUCCGGGUUGCCGUCGAAGUAGUCCGCAUUUCAUGCGCCGCUCCUCAUCGCAGAGACGUCAUUCCUCUCACUCCUUGCAUCGGUCCAUGUCGAGUGAGAGAAAACUGCGCCAUAAACACAUCCAUCGUAGACCCUACCGUUCAAGGUCGUUUGCAGAUUACGCCUUCGAGGAAGAAGAGGUGGUUGGACACGGUGGUGGAAGAUAUAUCUACGUGAACCCGGACUACAUAAGGCGUUACCAUGGGCGUCGUGGGAUGAAUGAGAGUUUUACAUCGUCGGGAAGUGCUGAACAACCGCACUACCAUCGAGAUGAAGUUUUUAGUAGUAGUGACUACUGA